UUGUCGUUCUUGUCAAAAUUAAUCGAGAGAAUAGUUUCUAAGGAGCUUAAGAAACACUUGGAUGGAAACAAUUUGUUACCGGUAUAUCAGUCAGGUUAUAAAAGACAUCACUCUACCAAAACUGCUUUGUUGCAUGUGCUGUCUAAGUUGCAUGAAAUUAUAAAUAACUGGAAACCAAACCAUCUUUUUUCGAAUUCUUAG